CUUUCCCCUCCGGCCGGCCCAGAAGAUGCUCUGCCCGGAGAGGAAACCAAUCCGUCCGACCGCGAUGAACCUUUCCCCUCCGCCGCACUCCACUCCGACUCUGUCCCAGCGCAAAACCCCUCUCUUCGACAGCAGCAGCAGUGCCAGUGAUCAGGCGGCGCCGGGGAGGUGGGGAAGAGCAGGCGACCCGUCUACCGCCGGCCGACCGCGACGAGCCCCGCGUCGUCGUCUCUACUGUAUCUCUGCAGGCUCGCAAUGUCGAUCUCGACCUCUUCCGUCGGCAGUAGCGGCGCGCCCCCGCAGCCUUCGUCCCGCUCCUCCAUCACCGCUGCCGCGGCCACCGGCAAGCAUCAGCUCAAGAUCUCCAGCUACUCGCUCACCACGGCGGUGCCCCGCGGCGCCCACAUCAAGUCCUCUAAUUUCCAGGCCGCCGGCUACAGCUGGUACAUCAACUACUUCCCCAACGGCUGCGGCCGCCUGCUCAAGCGCGCCUGCGGCUACGUCUCCCUGCAGCUCGUCCUCGACGGCGCCGCCGCCGCCGCCGGGGCCGUCAAGGCGCAGUUCACCCUCUCCCUGCUCAACCAGACCGGCCAGCCCGUCCCGGAGACCGUGCGCAAGAGCCCUGUGCACAAUCUCGCCGGCGGGUGGUGGUUCCACAGGUUCAUCAAGAAGGAGGAGCUGGAGCGCCCCUUCCGGGGGCUCCUCAGGGACGACGCCUUCACGCUCCAGUGCGAGGUCGUCGUCCUCGACAGGUUCCGCGCGGUGAAGACGGCGCCCUUCGUGGAGGUGCCGCCGCCGGACCUGCCGCGCCACCUCGGGGAGCUGCUCCUGAGCGGGGAGGCCUCCGACGUCACGCUCCAGGCCGGCGGGGUGAGGUUCGAUGCCCACCGGUGCGUGCUCGCCGCGCGAUCGCCGGUGUUCAAGGCGGAGCUCCUCGGCUCCAUGAGGGAGGGCACCAGCAACUGCGACAUACACAUCGAGGACAUGGAGCCACGCGUGCUCAAGGCCGUGCUGCAGUUCAUGUACACCGACGCGCUGCCGGAGGUGGACAAGAAAGAAGAAGCGGCCAUGUCGCAGCAUCUGCUUGAAGCGGCCGACAGGUUUAACCUCCAGAGGCUGAAGCUCUUGUGCGAGGACAAGCUGUGCGGGUGCAUCGACACGGGCUCGGUGGUGACCACCCUCGUGCUGGCCGAGCAGCACGGCUGCCAGGGGCUCAAGGAGAAAUGCUUCGAGUUCCUCAAGUCCACAGGUCUGAGUGCGGUCAUGGCAACCGAUGGCUUCAACCACCUGGCAAGUAGCUGCCCCACCGUGCUGGAGGAACUCAUGUCCAAGCUCACUCUUCACUGAUAUCAUGAUAUGGAAGAAGGCUUCCAGUGGUACUGCAGAAAAGCAUGUUUCACUGAUGAGAUGUACAUCUGGGUCUCUGCUCUGUCUGGUCCUUUUGUAUGCAGCAUUAGUUGCGAAUCUGUGAUUCCAAGGUACCCAUUCUGCAGAGUGCAGAACCAUAUGUGCCGACCUGAUGAAUUCUUGCUGCCGGUUGUUGCAUGUGUUCUUUUGUAGGAUGUCUCGAUGCAUGAGUGGAUGAUUUAGGUAUGCACUUGUAUUUAGCAUGCAGCCUGUCUUGGUCGCCGUAUACACUAACCUGUAUUGUUCGAAAUAAGAUACAAACUGUCAUUGUCGCUGCUGGAAA